CAGGAUGGCUGCGCAAACGCCCGCCAGCCUCUCCAACCGCACCACGGGCUCCACCUGCCUGCACCCGCUCAGUCAGCUCCUCGGCAUCCCGCUAGACCAGGUUAACUUUGUGGCUUGCCAGCUCUUCGCCUUGUCUGCUGCUUUCUGGUUUAGAAUCUACUUACAUCCUGGUAAAGCCAGCCCUGAGGUCCGUCAUGCAUUGGCCACCAUUUUGGGCAUUUAUUUUGUUGUGUUUUGCUUUGGCUGGUAUGCUGUGCAUCUCUUUGUGUUGGUGUUGAUGAGUUAUGGAGUCAUGGUCACCACAAGUGCAUCCAAUAUCCACAGGUAUUCCUUUUUUGUAGCCAUGGGAUACCUUACGAUAUGCCACAUCAGCCGGAUAUACAUCUUCCACUAUGGAAUCCUCACUACAGAUUUUUCUGGGCCUCUGAUGAUUGUCACUCAGAAGAUCACAACCUUGGCUUUCCAAAUUCACGAUGGAUUGGGCCGAAAAGCUGAAGACCUUUCUGCCGAGCAACACCGACUUGCUGUGAAAGUGAAGCCCUCGCUUCUGGAAUAUUUAAGCUACCAUCUCAACUUUAUGAGUGUCAUAGCUGGCCCUUGUAACAACUUCAAGGACUACGUAGCCUUCAUUGAAGGGAGACAUAUCCAUAUGAAGUUGCUGGAAGUGAACUGGAAGCAAAGAGGUUUUCACAGUUUGCCAGAACCUUCUCCCACUGGAGCUGUGAUACAGAAGUUGUGCAUGACCUUGCUGUCUCUCCUGUUGUUUUUGACGCUCUCAAAGUCCUUUCCUGUCACCUUCCUUCUUGAUGACUGGUUUGUACAUGAGGCCAACUUUCUGAGUCGACUCUGGUACUUAUAUGUCGUCAUGCAAGCUGCAAAGCCCAAGUAUUACUUUGCGUGGACAUUAGCGGACGCGGUGCACAAUGCAGCUGGCUUUGGGUUCAGCGGAGUGGAUGCCGAUGGGAAUUUCUGCUGGGAUCUGCUCUCUAACCUGAACAUCUGGAAGAUUGAGACUGCUACGAGUUUCAAAAUGUACUUAGAAAACUGGAAUAUUCAGACGUCUACUUGGCUGAAAUGUGUGUGCUACGAACGGGUUCCCUGGUACCCUACUGUGUUCACCUUCGUCCUGUCUGCUCUGUGGCAUGGCGUUUACCCUGGAUACUACUUCACAUUCUUAACUGGAGUCCCUGUCACAUUGGCAGCUAGAGCGAUGAGGAACAACUACAGGCAUCACUUCCUUUCCUCUAAGGCUCGGAAGGUUGCUUAUGACGUGGUUACCUGGGCCGCCACGCAGCUGGCUAUCUCUUACACGGCAGCGCCCUUUGUCAUGUUGGCAGUCGAGCCCACCAUCAGUUUGUACAAGUCCAUGUUCUUUUUCUUACACAUCGCAAGUCUGCUGAUAAUCCUUGUUCUGCCCAUCAAACCACGCCAGCCUCAAAGGCAGCCUCAAAGUACAAAUUCUGUAAAGAAGAAGGCAGACUGAUACCCACAGAGAGAAGCUGAAUGACAGAAUUGCGGGACGUUAGGAAGACACA